AUGCCUUUGUGCUUCGAAUCACCGAUCGCAGGAUGCAGAACUCUGAGAGUGAUAGGCAUGGGAUUAGCUUGGCGAUGCGUUUUUGCCUUCUCUCUGGCAGUUCGCGAUUCGCCUCAAGAAGCUCGUUCGACUUUCGCUCACAACCAUGCGUUUGGUGAACGCUUCCGUGGCGAUUUCGUGACUAUCUGCGUCAGCGUCGCUCUAUCGACGGCCGCCGAGGCUGUGCAGACCAAGACAUCGAUUGAGUGUUCGCCCUGCAUCCCGGGUAACGCUGUUAACUACAACGGUGCCCACGGACGAUCUCUGCGAGCCGAGAAGACACGCGCUGUUUCCGAGGAGAGGGAGAACUUGUGGACGAGAUUCUACAAUGCACUCCGAGUGCGGUGGUGGCUGGAGACUGAAAAAACUGACGAACAGGUGAUGAAGAUCUUAAAGCUGACGGGGCGAUCGGGAGACGAGCUCACUGGUCAUCCCAACUUCAAGACUUUCGCGAAGUUCGCCAAAACGGCAGAAAAGUACAAGCUUGGCGAGUGGUACAGAAGUCGAGUCUCCACGUACGAUGCAUGGGUGAAGUUGGGGCUGGAAGACGUCCCCCUCCAUUUGGUCCACCAAACCCCCGCAUAUUGGACCAAUUACCACUAUGUGAACAUGUUUGACUAUUACGCCUCUAUCGCGAUGAAGAACAGACACCAGCCACCGGUGCUAGUUAGCGAAAAAGCAUCGCCAAAAGAGAUGUCAAGAGUGCUGAUUUGGGCAGCUACGGAGCGGUCGGACGAUUAUGUCAAAGCGGCAUUGGGGAUACUCGGGAAGUCGGGAGAGGCGCUGACGACGCACGCGGGCUACAAGUACUACAAACAGUAUCUGGGCCAUCUCGAGGAGGCCAAGAAGGUGAAGACAGCAACAACGGCCGCGUAG